CCAUCGCAUCGCAAAACCACUCGAACACAAUUCUAAGCAGCAGCAGCAGAGGUAACCAAACAGUAAGCACAACAUCCACUCGAGAGCACUACCGAAGCAAUCGUUCCACGCGUGAUCCAGAGCAAGAUGUGUCCGCCGAUCAAGAAGGAGAUGAGCGCCGAGUCGUCGGCCUCAGCCUCGGCCUCGCCCUCGGCCUCGUCGGAGCACCAGACCGUGUGGACGUCGCCGCCGAAGCGGCCGGCGGGGCGGACCAAGUUCCGCGAGACGCGGCACCCCGUGUUCCGCGGCGUCCGGCGCCGGGGCAACGCCGGGCGGUGGGUGUGCGAGGUGCGCGUGCCGGGGAGGCGCGGCUGCAGGCUCUGGCUCGGCACAUUCGACACCGCCGAGGCCGCGGCGCGCGCGCACGACGCCGCCAUGCUCGCCAUCGCCGGCGCGGGCGCGUGCCUCAACUUCGCCGAUUCGGCUUGGCUCCUCGCGGUCCCGGCCUCGUACGCCAGCCUCGCCGAGGUCCGCCACGCGGUUGCCGAGGCCGUAGAGGAUUUCCAGCGCCGCGAGGGCGAGGGCGAGGCGGCCGCCGGGGAGGACGACGCGCGCUCGGCCACCUCGUCGUCAGUGCCGUCCACCUCAUCGGGCAAUGAGGACGACGCCGCUGCCACUGACGGCGAGGAGUCUUCGCCGGCCACGGAGGACUCGUCGCCGUUCGAGAUGGACGUGUUCAAUGACAUGAGCUGGGAUCUGUACUACGCGAGCAUGGCGCAGGGGAUGCUCAUGGAGCUGCCGUCCGCAGUUCCGGCGUUCGGGGACGACGGCUACGCCAAUGUCGCCGAUGUGCCACUGUGGAGCUACUAGAAUUGAUGACGUUGACAUCUUGAAUUUCCUGAUUUUUCUUCUGUGUUGGCUACCUAUGCCAUAUUUUGGGACUGUAGUGGUUACUAGUAUUGGUAAUGAAAACAGAGCAGGUUCGGAAAAGGAAAACAGAGCAUGACCCUGCCUCCCAAAACAGAGCACGAAACAGAGCAAGUUGGUAGCCAGAACCUAUUCCCACUAACGACGAGUCAGUUGGCAAAGCAUCACCAUUCGGCUUUCUUAAAACCAAUAUCUAAAUUCUCCUCAUAAAAAUUCUACAUCUCUUCAGACUUC